UCUCUCUCUCUCUCUCUCUCACACACAGACACACACACACAGAGUGAGAAGAUUUGACGGUACAGUUUCUAUACGUGCAGAGAGCUGGAAGAGGAACACCUGAAUCAAAAAACAUCACAUUUUCUGCUACAUCUGACCGAGACACACAGAUGAACCCCACUCCUCCACCUCCGGUCCCGAAGCCCCGGGCUCGUUACAUGCGGAACAGUCUGGGUUCUCUGGACAGAGAUGAGACAGAACAUCUACAAUCAGGUGGAGAUUCGCCUCCCCCUCCUCUCAUGGCGUUGGAUCGUAGCGCCGUUUUCCCGACACUUGCCGGCAUCACUGACAUCAUCUCCAACAGCAUCCCCUCAUUGGCUGGACUGGCCACCUCCCUCAGAGGCUCCGCCUCCUCCGCCUCCUCCGCCCCUUCUGCCCCCCCCUCCAUAGACAGCAUGGCUGACAGCAUCGCCAACUACAUACCUAGCUUAGCCGGAACUGCUGGCGCUGUGGCUAACCCCCCGGCUGGUACAUUUAACUCCGCCUCCUUCACCACACCUGCUAACACUGUUAGCUUAGACAGCAUAGUUAGCUCGUUCGCUAACAUUCCCAGUUUAGCAGGGAUUGUUAGCAAUGUGGCUAACCCGGCUGUUAGCUCCAUAACGACCCCGUCAGCCCCUCCCCCCUCAGCUGACCCCCCCUCACUGGCGAGGAUCGGAACUGCUCACAAAGAUGUCGGAGCUUUGUCUCAGCUGGUAAUGUUGACUUUAGACACGGAUACAGGAGUCACAUUACCGUCACUGCAGGAGGCCGAGCCGACAGAGGAAGUUUCCAGACGGUGUCCUCACACCAUCAAAGAAGAAAACCCGUACGUCACCGUGUUAGCUUGUUGGGCGAGCCAAGAGGAAGCCGACACCGACUCGUCCAAUGAGGAGGACGAUACAGGAACAAGCACCGCCCCCUCUGGUGCAGAGGGUCCAAUGGAGGGAGAUCCUGCUCAUAACCCAUGCUCAAUUACCGCCAACCUCCCGUCCAAUCAGACGGGCCGUCUGGUCCCCGCACGGCUGGCCCCGCCCCCUCCUCCCAGCCAGUCAAAGAAGCCGCUGAGACAGAAGACACCGAGGGCGGCCACUAUCAGAGUGUCCAGGAAGAAGGGGGCCAGCGGGGGGGCUGCCCCUCAGAGCGCUGUGGUGAGGGCCGGCUGGCUGGAUGUGUGGAAGGGCUUCAGACACAAUGUUUUGUGGGCGACACUAGACGGUCAGCUGAUGUCUCUUUGGAAAAAACGCAACGACCGGUUUAGCGAGGUUCGGUUUCACGUGUCCAGCAUCACCAACGUGAAGAAGCAGGACAAACACAGGUUCUCUGUUUACUUCAGGAAGAAGCACUACGACUUCAUGGCUCACAGCGACGAGGUUCAUGAAGGGUGGGUCACGUCUCUGUUAGCGUCCCGAGGCCAGCCAAGCCCCGCCCCAGCAGAAUUCCACGGACCAAUCACCAUGAAGGACACGCGGAGCCGCGCCUACACAGCCUUGUGGGGUCACGACCUCUGGAUCUACCCCAGCAAGGAGGGUUUCCAGCUGGGCAUCGCCUCCUUCUCCGUGCCGCUGAACGUGGCCACGGUCAAGCCUACGGGAAAACACUCGUUCAGCCUCAUCACUCCGUACAAGAGCUUCAGUCUGUCUGUUGAUUCGUCGAAGGAUCUGUCCGUCUGGUUGGACGUUCUGUCCUCCACUAUCCGCAGCGCUCUGUCCUGCAGCCAGGUGGCGCUGCGUCUCUGGGAAAACCCCGACAACAAAGUGUGCGGUGACUGCGGUGCCGCCAACCCGGAGUGGGCGUCCGUCAACCUGCUGCUCGUGGUCUGUCAGGCCUGUGCAGGUCAGCACCGGGCUCUGGGCAGCAACCUGUCCAAGGUCCGCAGCCUGAAGAUGGACAGCAAGAUCUGGACUGAGCCUCUCGUACAGCUGUUUGUUGCCCACGGUAACCGGCUGGCCAAUCAAGUGUGGGCUCCUGCCGUGCCGGCGGCGGACCAGCUUUUUCCGGGGUCAUCAGACGAAGAGAGGUCAAAGUUCAUCCAGGAUAAAUACAGCAGGGGGCGCUACAGGAGGGUUCACAACCUGACCUCCUUCCCCGCCCUGAUGGACCAGAGGCUGCGUCAGGUGGUGUGUGGAGACGAUGUAGAUGAAACAAUGUCUCUGAUCUGCUCAGGAGCAAAGGUGUGUCAAACCGACCCUCUCAGCCCCUCCCCCAUCCUGCUGGCUGAGAGAGCCAAUCAGGCUCUGCAGACCGAGCUGCUCCGUCUCAACGAGUACACAGAUAUACCGCCUUACACCAAUAGGAACCCUGACCCCGCCCCCUCAGGUAAGAUAGGACCUGUGUGUGCAGGUGAGGAGGAGGAGGAGCUUCACGGUAAACUGGAGGACGAUCGUUUCCUCUUCUCGUUAGAGAACGAGUCGGCGGCGUGCGACGUCCUCGACCUGCGGGAGGUCCUGUCCGUGUUUGUCAAGGAUGGGCCUGCUCUCCAGUUUGAGAUGGUGACCCUGGGCGAUCAGCUGAUCUGCGCCGCUGACAACCGGGAGGCCCUGAUGAGUCACCUGCUGCACAUCCUCAAGGUGAUCCUUCCAGGGGGAGUGUCUUACGCAGAGGUGGGCGGGGCUUCUGCAGUGAGUCGUGUGCGUGUCAUAGAAGUGGGCGGGGCUCCGGUUCAGACUGACGCCUGGCUGAUCCUAUGGGAGGAUGGCGUCAGCGUUCAUCCUGUCCACAGAAACACACUGCAGCCUCUGAGUGUGGAGCUGAGCGCCGUCAGGAACCACGAAAUGGAUCCAUCUGAAAACCUCGUCACCAUGAUAACGGAAGACAGGAGGAUGGCGUUGAGGUUCGAGGAGCCGCACAGCUGUCAGUCCUGGUUCAGGCACCUGCAGACAGCUCUGACCAAUCACAGUGCAGCUCCACAGCCUCUCUACCCACUGGUGGGAGCCAGGGGUUCAGUUCCGCCCGCCAUCGAGCGCUGCAUCUCCCACAUCACCCAUUACGGUCUGAAGGUGGAUGGCGUGUACCGUCGCUGUGGCCUCACUGGCAAAGUCACCCGAUUGGUGGAGGCCCUGAUGACAUCACCGAGCUCCGCCCCUCUGGAGGCUGACGAGCAGGGAGUCCUGGACGCCGGCUCCGCCCUCAAACAAUAUGUCCGCCAGCAGCAGAGCCUGAUCCCCGAGGCCGAGAGACCACAGUGGAUCCACGCUGCAGUGAUUUCAGACGAGCGCUCCAGGUUCUCCUCUUACCGACGGCUGCUCCAGAAACUUCCUGACGACAACCGAGCCACACUGAACGCGCUGUUCGGACACUUCUACAUGGUCCAGGUGUUCUCCCAGGUGAACAGGAUGUCUGCUCAGAACUUGGCUCUGGUCCUGGUCCCGACUCUGUUCCAGACUCUGAACCAGGACUUGCUGACGCUCACCAGAGAGUUCAUCAUCCACCACACGCUGCUCUUCCUGACGCCGGGUCGAGAGGAAGAGGAGGAGGAAGAGGAGCAGAUCACCGUCUUCUGAGGUUUCCUCACAGCGUUAUAUUUUAUUCAGUUUCUUUUGGGGAGAAAUGUGUUUAUCUCUCCUGUUGGUCAACCUGGACACAUUAGCAUAUGUGUCAUUUUGUUUGUAUCUGUUAGCAUCAGUAUUCAUCUGUCUACAACAGCGGCGCACCCCCUUCUACGUCCCAACCGGGUUGACGCACCCCCCAAAAAAACGCAAAAAAAACCCGCAACAAAGCUUUGUUUUAUCGCCACAUAAACACUUGUGUUUAAUCAUGCGCAAAUAACCAGAACACGCAUGACGAUAACCACAUCAACAAAGUUACCUUCCACUUUUAAGAGGAUGAGUGACCGACACAGGCUCAGUAGCAGAAAGCUAUUUUGACAUAAAUGUUAAUAUUUUCAGCCGCGUAAAAGAAAAAUUGCAGCAAUAUGAAAUGACCGUGGAGCUAACACCAACAUCAUCAUAACACAACGGUUAUGGAGAGUACAACGACAGUGAAGUGCAUUAAAUUGCAAUUACGUUACAAACGAUCCACAACAUUAAAGAGCAUGGGCUCAGAAACAGAUCAAAUAAAUAAAAACGAGGAUCAAUCUGAAACUUUUCAAGUGCUACAAUAAAACUACACACGAUCCACAACAUAAGUAACAAACAGCAUGGGCUCAGAAACACAAAAUAGGCCUAAUUAAAGAGGAUCCAUCUGGAACUUUUCAAGCGCAGCGCAAAAGUCGCUCUGCCUGCAGCAAGAGAGAGGGAGAGAGGGAGGGGGGUGGGAGACGGGGGAGGAUGUGUGAGUAUUCCCAGUAGGCCUAUAUUUGUAGCAAUAAUAUCAAUACCGACAAAUACUUACCCAUAUUAAUGCGACGGGUGGGCUUGCAUCUUGGCACAAAGCUCUCUGAAGUUUGGCACAAUGGAAGACAGUUUAAGCCUCAAGUCCUUCUCAACAGCAUCCAGCUUUUGCCGAUGUUUAGCUUUAACUGCUGCCAUAGCAGAGAAACCAGCCUCGCAGAGAUAAGUUGUGGCGAAGGGCAUCAAAACUCUCAAGGCUUGCUUUGCCAGGACUGUUUAUGAUGUCAGUGACUCGGUCCAAAAAGUGGCUUUCGUUUGAACUGUAACUGCAGCACUCCAUCAGAUGACAGCUCGAUCAGCUGCUCCUGCUCAUGAAAUGACAGCUGUGGGACGGGCAGGGAAACUUCAAAUGGAUUGCGAAUCCAAGCGCGAGAUGUGUCCAUAGGUGGGAAGUGUUUCCGUAGCUGCUCGGCGAGUUGGUUGAGGUGUUCAAUUAUGAGACUUUUCACAUGCUCACCCAGGUCCACGUCAUUUUCCCCCAAGAACUCGUGAAGCGUAGGGAAACACAGGUGUGUGUUCCCACUCACACUCGCCCAGAACAGUAGCUUCUUUAUCAUGGCCUCAAUCCUGUCUUGUGUGUUGAACACAGUUACACUGACUCCCUGCAGACUUAGAUUGAGUUCAUUCAGAGCUGAGAAGAUGUCCGCUAGAUUGGCGAGCCUCUCAGAAAAUCUUCGUCAUGCAGACUGGAGGCCAAAUGAAACGGAUUCUCCUCAAAAAACUGCUGCAGUUCGUGCCGGAGUUCAAAGAGCCUUGUCAGCACUUUGCCGCGGGACAGCCAACGCACCUCUGUGUGCAGCAGCAGUGAUUUGUGUUCGCUGCCCAUCUCAUUACAUAACAGUGUGAAUAUUCUUGAAUUUAGCGGGCAAGCUUUGAUGAAGUUCACCAGUUUGACUGCGUCGUUCAGCACUGCAAGUAGAUCAGCUGGCAUGUUUUUGGCUGCGAGGGCCUCUCUGUGAACCCUGCAGUGUAACCAGCUGAUGGAUGGACAGACUCUCCUAAUAUGAGCUAUAAGCCCCGUGUGUUUCCCCGUCAUUGAUUUUGCCCCGUCUGUGCAAAUUCCCACACAGCGCUCCCAGUCGAUCCCAUUGGUCCUCAUAAAAACGUCAAUUAAAUUGAAGAUUUCCUUUCCUGUUGUUCUGGUAGCAAGGGGCCGACAGAACAAAACAUCUUCUUGUACCGUUCCCUCAAAAAGGUAACGGACAUACACAAGAAGAUUGGCCAGAUUUGCAACAUCUGUAGACUCGUCUACUUGCAGAGAGUAAAACUCCCUUUUCUUCACACGGCUGACUAGUGUAGCCAGGAUGUCUUCAGACAUGGCAUCAGUGUGGCGCGACACAGUGUUAUUGGACACAGGAAUCAUGUCCAACUUUUUUGCCUCUUUCUCUCCAAUCAUACACUCCACCAUCUCUUUGGCCGCUGGCAAACACACAUCUUCGGCAACUGUGUGCGGCAGCCCCUUUCUCCCUACUCUGUAACUGAGCAGAUAUGAAGCCCGUAAUGCGUCUUUCGUAGACCCAACGCAUGAAUGAAACCGCAUUUGUUUUUGGCUUUUCUGCAACUCCUCCAACUUUGUUUUAAAAAGGUGAGGGGCUUUUGAUUUAUAUUGCCAUGUUUCGUGUGCAGGUGACAACGGAGAUAAGAAGGCUUCAGACAGCUGUUUGCUAGAACCUCACUGCACACCACGCACUGAGGCUUUGGGCAAUCUGUAUCGCUGAUCCAAGUGAAGCCCAGGCCCAGAUCAUUUUCAUCAUAUUUUCUUAUUUUUUUCACCGUCUGGUGUUCACCCUCAUCACCUCUUUUUUGCCAUCUCCUUCCCUCCUCUUCGGUUUCCUCUGGCGCAUCAUUUCCUGACUCCCGCUCAUUUCUUCUCUCGGACUCGUUCCUAUUCUCUGUCUCUGUUGCCUCCAAAUCCUCUCUCUCUUGGUCCCUCUCCUCCUUCACGACUGACAACUUUGUCAUGAGACGUUCCACUUGACAGUUUCCCUGAUUUCAGCCAGUUAGUCAUAUUUGAAAGAAUGAAUGAAACGAGUUGGCGCGCAUAUAUCCUAGCCCACAGUGAAACGUAGAAGAAGACAGCGGCUGUGUUCUUCUACGUUUCUAUCAAAAACUAAUGAAUGAUAGUUUUUGAUUUAAAAUAAAAGGGAUUACAAAGGAACUGUUUGUUGUCCCUGUUUUUUAUUGUAGCCUAUGGAACAAUCCCAGUUAAAAAACAACACUAAUAUUUGUACACCAGACCACCAUUACAUGCUUCAUCUCGCGCACCCCCUGGUGGCAGCUCGCGCGCACCACACUUUGGGAAUCCCUGGUCUACAUCUUUAAGUGCUUUUUAGCAUCUGUUAGCUUCCAUUAGCAUCUGUUAGCAUCACCAACAUGUUUUGAUAAACCUUUAGUUUCUUUUGGGGAAGGUCAAAUAAUGUAUUCUCCUGUUGGUCAGCAUGAAUACAUUAUUAACUGUUACCAUGUUUUAGCACAUAUUAGAAUCACUCUGUAUUUGUUAACAUCAAUUACUUUUCUUGAAUUGUUAAAAAUAAAAGAGGAACAUCUCAAA